AUGGUUCACAGCGAAUGUAUUACACAAGAGAUCGUGGAUUUUGAUCGAUUCUCUAAAUGGGAGCGUGUGUUACGAGCCGUGGCUUAUAUUCAUCGUUACAUCGGGAAUCUCCGUCGCAGAUACCAACAACAACCUAGAGAGUGCGGUGGUCUUACGCAAGAAGAACUACAGAUGGCAGAGAACAGUCUGUGGCGCAUAACACAAUCCUCAGCGUAUCCGGAUGAAGUGACUGUUUUAAAAGGCGAAGAGAAAAAACGAGUCGACAAAACAAGUAAAGUCUUCAAGCUGACACCAUUCUUAGAUCAACAGUCCGUGAUGCGAAUGGAUAGUCGCAUAUGGGCUGCACCGUGUACGAUGUACGACUUCAAAUUUCCCAUUAUAUUACCACGUGAUCAUCGUCUGACCUCAUUACUCAUCGAUUGGUAUCAUCGGAAAUACUUACAUGGAAAUCAUGAAACAAUAGUGAAUGAAAUUCGUCAAAGAUUCCACAUUUCUCGACUUCGUAGAGUAGUCCAACAAAUCUCUAAAAAUUGUCAGACAUGCAAAAUCGCUAAAGCCAAACCGGUGGUUCCGAGAAUGGCUCCACUUCCUGAAGCUCGCCUCACGCCAUGGAUUCGACCAUUUACCUUCGUAGGACUGGACUAUUUUGGACCGUUGAAUGUGCGUCUAGGUCGCAGUUGUGUCAAGAGAUGGGUCGCCUUGUUCACCUGCCUCACCGUUAGGGCAUCCACCUCGAGGUAG